GUAAAGGAAGUGAGGUCUGGCUUGCGCUAGUGGCCGGAUGGAGCAGCAGCAGCAGCAGCAACAGCAGCAGCAGCUGAGGAAUUUGCGGGACUUCCUCUUGGUCUACAAUCGGAUGACGGAACUCUGCUUCCAGCGCUGCGUGCCCAGCCUGCACCACCGAGCUCUGGAUGCUGAGGAGGAGGCCUGUCUGCACAGCUGUGCUGGGAAGCUGAUCCAUUCCAACCACCGCCUCAUGGCCGCAUACGUGCAGCUCAUGCCGGCCCUGGUACAGCGCCGCAUCGCAGACUACGAGGCUGCCUCAGCUGUGCCAGGUGUUGCUGAACAGCCCGGGAACUCACCAUCAGGCAGUUAGCCAUCCCCAGCCCCGAGAAGGGAGGCACUGGAUGGACCCUCACGUUGAAGGAGCCCGUGGACCUGGAGCUGGGCGCAGCCUGUACAUGUAGAGUGAAGAGUUGCCUGAGAGCUGGGUACUGUUGCUCCUGUUCCUGGAGUAAUAAACCCGCUUUUAUUCUAUUUUGGUUUAUGUUCUGGGCAGGGAAGCUUUGCCCACUUUAUUAUGUCAGUGCAUACCUGCUGUCUUCAACCCUAGCAGCAGGGAAAUUGUCUUCUUUGUGUAGAAGGAAAACCUCAGCAUUCAUUCCCAGGCACCUGGUUAAGGCAAGGUUUGUGGGUACAGUUUUAAGGUUGGUAAUCACAGCAGGAGGUGGUUCCUGGCCAGAUAGCAGGGACCUGGGAGCUUUGUCUAGCUGCCAUUAACUUAAUUCAGUCUGACUUUACUGGCUCACAUGUAAGUCAGGUAUUCAUAACUCUGUGUGUGUGUGUGUUGUGCCUUAUAAGAAGUAAUUCUGCCAUAUUUAAGGAUAGGAAGAGAUAUAUGAGGAAAACACAUCAAGAAAUCACAGGGUUUUUAGGGACUACAUCCAGAACAGAUGAAAUUUAUAAGAAUUCUGGGGUGUUUUGAAACUAACCAUUUCCCCAAGUUGUUACUUUUUUACUGUUUUCUAUCCUGAAUGAUCAGUAAAACCUUUAAGCAAAGAAGUUCUCUGUGCUUGUCUUCAGGGGCAGUCAGAAAGAGAGAAACUUGGGGGACCGUAUUCUGCAAUAUGGUCAGACUUGAGAGAAAGAACCCCAAAGGAGACGUAGAUAAGGGUGGUUAUAGAAAAGAAGGGAUAAAGCAAAAUCUUCAGGACCUCUUCAAUGUUACUUAAAUAUCUCACUGCUUAUUUAUAAUUUCCUAAUUCCAGCUCUUCCACCCUCUACCCCAUGUUGUUCCCAGUGUGCCUGCUUUGCGAUUUCUAAUUCCAGCUUAGCCAUUCUUUUUAUUGUGCACCCCUUUGUGGAAUUUACUUCUGCAUUCAGCUGUGUGAAUGACCUGUCACUCCACCCCAUUUUUUGCUGCCAUUGUGUCUUUUUUUUGUAUCAUUCUAGCUAUUUAAUCUUUUCUGUUACUCCAUUCAAACAGCUAGAGAAAAACACAGCUGUAUGUGUUAAGGUUUUCAACCUCAAUCCAGCCCUCAUUACCACUGAGCAACACUUUGUGGGUUCCUAGUCUGGUCACUGUCCUUAAUCACCCUUGUAGUGACUUACAUAGUGACUGCUCUCUUUAAUCCCCCUCCUCACCUGAUCAGGUGACCAUGUUGCAGUUUUGCAGAGGAAAUGGAAGCUCUUAGACAUUGGUCUCCACAAUAAUAAAAAAUAACUUCUUACGACCACCCACAAAGUACACAGUUUUCUCCCUUAUACAGAUCAGGAGAUUGGAAUUCUCUAAUAGCAGACCCUGCAUUAAAAUUACAGAUCUGACUUUAAAAUCCAUGUUCCUUUUAUUAUACCAGGCUACCUCUCAAAAUAAUGUCUGUUGACCCUGCUGGUGUGGCUCAGUGGAUUGAGUGCCAGCCUGCAAACCAAAGGGUCGCUGGUUCGAUUCCCAGUUGUGGGCCAGGUCCCCAGUGGGGGACACGCGAGAGGCAACCACACAUUGAUGUUUCUCUUCCUCUCUCCCUUACCCUCUAAAAAUAAAUAAAGUAAAAUCUUUUUAAAAAAAAAGUCUAUUGAGCCCCUACUUUGCAUAGGUUCUGAUGUUGGUAUAUGUCAUGCUUUACCUUAGUCUUUAUAACUACAAGUUAAAGGUAUUAUACCCCAAUUAACAGAUUACGAAGCAAGAAUCCAGAAUGUACCAGAAGUAUAUCAUAGAGUUACCUGUUGAAAAAAGUGGCAUUUUUUGCCUUUUUAGCUGCUAUUUCUUGAACAAAUCUUGACCAGAAAAAUUUAUUAGAAAGUAAAAGUUGCUUACUAGGAACUUCCUUACUGAUUGGCUUCAUGUCUACACAAUAUAAUUCUUUCCUUGGAAAGUAUAAAUGCAGGUAAAACAGCUUGUGAACUUCCCAAUUCCCAGAGACAGGGAAAUAGGGACCCAGGAUAUUGUGCUGCUGGUGGAAGGAUUUGUCUACAUCAUCAUUUUUGAGUGUCUUUGCAGUAAACUUCAGAUGAUUGUCAAUUAUUUGUGUUUGCACAUCACAUACUUAAUAAUUAUUUGAGAAGGGCUAGGAACAUUUGAACUUCCAGAGCUUCAGUUUGCUUACUCAUCUGCACCAAACCUGUCCCCAAGCAUGGAAAAACAAGCGUCCCUCAGUCUGAUUUCAUCAAUUAGUCCCUUUCUUAAAUUUCCAGUCUCUCUGUCCUGGUUCUUUUCUCUUCAUACUUAGAACCUUUGUCUUACUAUCCAUCUUCCAUCUGUUGAACUUGCCGUCAGGUCUUGUGAUAAUGCAGGAGCCAUUGGCACAAUGAAAAAUGUUGACAAAACUUUAUCCCUUUAUCACAGUCAUAUUCGAAACAGGGUUAGUGUUCCUGCCAUCAUGGCUUCAGAACAUAACUGUCCACUACUUUGCAAAGUCUGAUUCCUUUGAGGCUAUUCAAGUAUCCCAUCCUCUCAACCUCAUUAUUUGUCCUCAGUAACUACCGUUCUACUUUCCCCUAAAUAGCUAGCCCUAGGUCUUCUUACCCACUACUUAAUGUUUUCUCUCAAAAAUACUUAAUGUUUACUUGCACACUUCAUUCAAUAUUUUGGUCUCUUUAGUUCUUUGACACAAUCUCCAAUGAUUUCCACUUUCUUAGGUGCCCACUCCCAUAGUUAUAUCCUGGCCAGUGUCUUCAAUGCAAACUGCUCUAUCAUCUUCAAAACACUAUUAUUUGUACUAUUAUAUCUUAUUCACUGACCAUAUUCCUUCCACUUUAUUUAAUUAUUCCUCUACUAUCAUUCUUUGAUUUCACUGGGAACAGUCAGGCCAUUGUGUCUACCUUUUCUUUAGAUUCCUAUCCAGCUUAAAUUCUAGUGAUUCUCUUGGAAUAGGCUGCAUUUCCUUACCUCUUGUGUCUUUUUUGGAUGCUUAGAUAAAAUGAAACAUUUGUCUGUGCCUGCAUUAGGACAGCUAAAGGCCACCCAAGGAAACAACUAUAAAGCCGAUUUAUAUCACUAUGAAUUCAUGGUUACCAAUUUCAGAUGGGGUCUGAGCCCCAAAAUCCCACUGGACCUUUCCAGUCCUCGCUGCAAUAAGCAUUUCAAACCAAUAUUCUCAAGCCUCUUACUAGCCCUCUGCCGCCCCCAUCACCAUCAGUCUCUUUACUUUCUGCAGCUACUUACGUCUUCAUAGACAAAAGUAGAAGCUGUCAGUUGAGAACUUCCAAAACAUCUGGUCACCCAUCUAGUCUACAUCAUUCUCUUCUGUCUAAAAAGGGCAAGCAUUUUUAAGGCCAAUGCCCUGAAUCCCAGUCCUUCCUUUUUUGGGAAUCCCUGACUUUUUAACACUUUACUAAAUUCUCAUCAGUGUUUAAACAUGCUAAAGACACCCCUGUUAGAAAAAAGAAACCACUCUGUACCUCAUUUCUCCUUCAGCUACCAUCCUACUUUUUCCACUUUAUUCUAAAAACUUCUGGAUACUUUGGCUCUCUCCAUCCCAUUCCUCCACCCAGUCGGUUUUUUGACUUCUACAACCUUUAUUCUAUUGAAAUGUUUCUUACUGAGGUCACACUUGCUUACCAAAUGACCUUCAUAUUCCAAAAUCCUGCGCUUAUUUCCCAGUCCUCAACUUCUCAGCAGCAUCUAGUAUAUUGACUAGUUUUUCAUCAUCAACAGUCUUCCAUUAGCAUCUGUGAUUCUACACACACACUUACUACUAACUCUUUGACCGCAAUUUCUUAGCCUCUGCAGGCUCACCCACCUCCAGCCUUUAAAUCUAAAAGUUUCUCUAGGUCUUGUUCUUUCUCAGUCUAUUUUUUUCUAGGAUUGUUUCAUCCCCACUCCAAGAUUUGGUUACUGAUGACUUCCAGAUGUCUGAGAUUGGCAUCUCCACCCAGGUGUCUCAAAAACAUCCCCAACUCAACAUGUUUCCUCAUAAACUUUCCUCCUGUGCCUGGAAGAAAAUACCCAAUUGUAGAAGCUAGAAACCUCACUCAUCCCUUUGCUCAACUGCCAGAUCCUAUCAGCUUACAUUUCUAAAUGUCCCUUGAUUCUGUCCGUUUCCAUUUUCACAAUCUCCCACC